AUGUUUAAUUUUGUUUCAACUGAAUGGACUUUAAAGAAUGAUGUUGAGCUCUGUGCUUACUUGGAACAGUUCCAAAAGUCUUUUUGUGACAAAUGUGAUGAAAUGGAGAAUUCAUGUAGGAAAUUGAAUGAGAAUAGCGAAAAAGCUAUUAACUCUAUUAGGAAUUUAGAAGUUAAGUUGACAUCAAUGACAAAUCGAAAGUUUGUUGAUAUGAAAAUUUUGGAAGACAAUGAUGUGUUAAUAAGAAGAAGAAAUAAUUUUAAUAAUGCAGUAGAAGUUGAUACUAUGGAAAAUGUGUUGAAUGCUUUAACAGAAGCUGCAAGAUCAGGGAUCGAAACAACUAGGAAACGUAUUGAAGUGUCUGAAGACCUCCCUCCUUUCAUUGGGUCACAAAGCUUUAACUCGAAAAAGUAUUUCAUAAAGGUUGAUGAAGAUGUUCCAUGUCCCGUCACACCAUUAGAAAAUAAAGAAGAACCAACAGCCGUCGUGCAUAUCCCACAAGUAUCAAAACCGGUGAUUGAAAAGGAAACAACAGCUGAAGUUCUAGUUAGGGAGAUCAUUCAUAGUCCAAAAGAAAGUUUCGUCCCCCCUAUUGUCGUCGAUGAGGCAAACGAUGAAACGCCACCCAAGAUCGUUGAGGACCCUAUAAGUGUAUUCAAUCCUGUUCCUAAAAUUGUUGCUGAAGUGCCGAAGAUUAAUUCAACCUUCAACCCUGUCAUCCCUGAUGUUAUCCCUUCUACGAGUAACACUACAGCAGAAGAUAGCUCAAAACCUGCUGAAGAUCCACUCUUGCCCAGCGUCGAGGAAAAGCCAUUUGCUGAUCGCCUUGAGCAUCUUUUCCAAAGUAGACUGAAGAACGUCACUCCAAAAUUAGAAGUG